AUGUAUUCCUCUGUUUUUUCUCGUUCAGCUCUACGCGCUCGUGCCGUGACUCGCCCAACUCGCAGUGAUGUUUAUCACUGGGAAAACGUUGAUGGCUCGCAUCUUCCAUUUAGUACCAAAAGUAGAGUUGGACUCGCCGUAAAAAUGACUACGUUUUUAGGUUUCGGGUUUGCCGUCCCCUUCAUUGGUGCUUGGUGGCAAUUUCACAAGGCCGGAAAACCUUUUUAUAAACCUGGUCCACCUCCUGCCUAG